AUGAGGAUUGCUCGAUCCAACACGAGCGGGGCAUACAGAUCUGGGGAGUCUUCGAAGAUAUUCUCGGGUGUCAAGGAGAGAUCAGUCAACAAGCCAUUCAACGAGGGUUCUCUCCGCUCCUCCGUCUACCGUCCGUCCAAGAACACAGAUACAUCUCAACACAACCCUUCGUUCUCCAAGCAGUCAUUCAGAGUUGCCACAAGAGACAUAAGUUCACCUCAAUCGUCCAAACCUGACAAGUCCCCGGCAAUGGCCACUAAAAUAGUCCGCAGCUCAUUUAUCGACAGAAUGAGACCUGGUUCUAAAAAGCAAUUAAGUGGACUUAUCCAGUUAGACUCGCCGUCACCUGCAAGUACUAUUUUUUCUCGCAUUAAACAAAAUUUUGUUUAUUAUUUUGACGCGGGAUUAACUGAAUCCGAUAGAAUCAAGGAAUCACAUGAUCCAAAUAAUGAAUUAGAUAGAUUAGUUUUUGAAACUUUUCUACGUCUGAGAGAUGAAUUUCUUCCAAUUUCUGGAACUAUCUUAAAACUGAUUGCAAAAAAAUUAUCUAAAAAGAUAAAUUAUGAAUCAUUUAAGGCAUCAAAUGGAUGGCUAGACCGGUUCAAGAAAAGACACGAGUUGCUAUUUAAAACUAUAAGUGGAGAAAAGAAUUCAUCUGACCUUUCUACGGUUUCCAAUUUUUUUGCUGAUUAUGACAACUGUUUGGAAACUGUAGGAAGUGAAAAUAUUUUUAACUGUGAUGAAACAGCUUUAUACAUAAAGCGAACGCCGUCGAAAUCUUUUGUUCAAUUUGACAAAUGCAAUGGAAUUAAAAUGAGCAAAGAGAAAGUUACCCUUCUCCUUUGUUGUAAUGCACUUGGUGAAAAGUUAAAACCUCUAUUAAUUGGAAAAUUCAAAUCUCCUAGGUGUUUAAAAAAUUUUAACGCUGAGGAUCACGGAGUACUAUAUGCUGCAUCAAAAAAUUCGUGGAUGACUAGUGUAUUUUUGGGAAAUGGUUAUGGAAAGUAA